AAGAAACCGCCAUGACGGCUGUGACCGUCCAUCUCAGAGAAGCAACUGUGGAUGAUAUCCCUGCGAUGUUAUCUAUGCUUUUAACUUCGUUCCGUAGAUUUCCACUAUUUGAUUAUCUAUAUGCUCCUUUACAUGACGAUGUAUCUAACGCGUCUGACACUCUGUACUUUUGGGACAAACGCCUGCGUAAGACUUUAUGGGAUCCUUCGCGAACAAUCAUUGUGGCAGAAGGCCGCAACUGUGGCUUACCCUCAGAGCCAAGAGAGGCUCCGACACAGCAGAUAGAAAGAGAGUCAUGGAGCAUGCUGAGUUGGAUCAACAGCUCCCAAGCUUUGCCUUUAUCUAGUUCUCAGACAGUUUGCACGCCGAUCGGAUUUGCAGUUUGGCAAUGGAAGGGAAUGGUGCAGGCAAAUGGCGGAACAGGCCACCACUAUCGAUCUAGCCUGGAACAUUUUCAAGAGCUACUUGUCGACUUGCAGCUUUGGUAUUGGCGGCUAUUUUACCACCGAAAAGACCAGGAUGCUACUCGAUUCAUGAACUAUCUAAGGUCGGAGGAAGAUCUCGAAAAAAGGUACCACAACGGCACGUUCCUUUACCUAGAUAACAUAUGUGUCGACUUUCGGGUUGCAGGAAAUGGUGUUGGCAAGCGCUUGCUUGAGUGGGGAAUCCAAAAAGCCGACAGCCUCGAGAUUCCCAUCAAAACAGAAACUACUGACAACAAUGUCAAGUUCUAUGAGAACUCAGGCUUUAAAAGCAUUGGGCAAUGGACCGUAAAGGGUUUCCAUCAAGCGACAGGCAUGAAAUUACAUGUGAUGCAAAGGGGCAUGCACCUGGAAUAGCCUCCGUCAACGAGCCUUCUCGGAAAGGGAUUCCAACUUUUCCAUGGUGAUGAUGUAGAUACAAAUGUCGAAUUUUGCUCCAGUUAUUCUAUCGAAGCAAGACAGCCAAAAUGAUUGGCAAGUUCGUUGCUUUUGGCUUCAUUCUGACAAAUUUCAAGGUGCCUGCUGAAACUAACCGUCAGCAGAAAUUGGAUAGCUUCAAAGCCAAUCUUUCAUAAUUCGUCUUUG